AUGAUGGAAGUGCCAAUAAUAUCACCAUCAGUUCGAAAGGUGUUUGUUUUGUUGUCAUGUACUUUUCUCGGCCUAAUCUGCGGAACAUUGUAUCUUUAUUCAUCCUACAGUCCUCAAUUUGCUAAACAACUCAAUUAUACAGCUACAGAUGCCUCAAGGAUUGCAUUAAUGGGCACUAUUGGAAUAGCGGUAUCGGGCCCACUAGCGGGGCUAGUUGUUGACAAGAAAGGCUACUCUGUAUCUUUAGUCAUUGGAGGAUUAUUAAUUGUUGUGGGGUACUUGGCAAUGAAGAAACAGUUUGAUCAUAUUUACUCAAAUGUGUCUUUGUCAGCUACGUGUAUAUUCUUUGUUGGCUGUGGAUCUACUUUCAUCAAUCUGGCGUGUUUGAAAUGCUGUGCUGUAAGUUUCCCAAGUAUUAGAGGUGUGGCCACGUCGUUGCCUUUGGCACUCUACGGUUUAAGUGCAUUAUUCUUUUCUGUAAUCGCUUCAGUUUUCUUUCCUGGUGAUACGUCGAUGUUCUUGGGUUUCCUUGCUUAUUCUACAGUGGUUAUAUUUGUAAUAUGUGCUCCGAGUGUGAUAGUUUGUGAUUGGGAACAUAAGUUGAGAAAGACAGUGCAGAACAAACAUAUGAGUCUCGAUUCUAUUGAGUUGUCUACUAUGAGACCUUCGAUGUCGCGCACUCCGCUGUUAAACCUUAGCCCUCGAACUUCGGUAAGAAAUAGGCCCUUUGGAGUUCCAGAUGUGGACAUUAGUGGAACUCAUUUAGCGAGGUCGUGGAAAUUUUGGGGUAUAUUUAUUAUCACAGGCUCAUUGGCUGCGUUAGGACAAAUGUAUAUAUACUCAGUGGGAUAUAUGGUAAAGGCCCUAGUUACGAACCUGCUACUUAAAGAGAUCGAACAUUCAGAUGGUGCUUUAACAAAAAUCGAGCAGCUUAUUCAAAAAGAUCAACAACUUCAAGUCGGACUCCUAUCAAUUGCUAAUUGCGUUGGUAGAAUUUCAUCUGGGGUGUUAGGUGAUGUGGUCCAAUCUUUCAAUAAACCUAGAUCGUUGCUCUUGUAUGUACCUUGCAUUGGAAUGAUGGUCGCUCAAGUCAUGAGUUUACUGAUAAACGAAUAUGGAGGAUUAUCUGCUGACUCUCUUCUAACUGGCUUUUCGUAUGGUUUUACAUUUUGUAUCAUGCCAAUCAUUGUGGGGGAUUCUUUUGGAAUGGAAAAUUUCUCGUCAAAUUGGGGCAUUGUUGGACUAGCACCUAUAUUCCCUAGCUUUUUUUUCACAAGUUUAUUCGGUCAGAUUUAUGACUCUCAUACUGAGCCAUAUAGUAAUUCUCGUUUUAAACUUUGUGUUCUAGGUAAUUUAUGCUACAGUGCCAUUUUCAAGCUCACAAUUGUCAUUACAAUUUUCACGCUACUAAUAAUUUCUGUGCUUAAUUUCGGAAAUCUAAUCGUUAAACGAUCAAAAUAUUCUGAGCACAGAAAGCUCAGCCUGUAG